GUCCUCCUGCGUAUGCACGCGACCGACGGGCGGGUUUCAUAACGUGGGGAGGAAGAGCGGAAUGGGGCUUUGAGAGCGGAUGAGCACCAGACCCCCGGCUCGGUUCUAUAUGCACCAACAGUGUUAUCUCUAUUCACGGGCCGCGCAGACGGUGCACUAGAGGAGGAAGAUGCGGUAGUGGAGGCUGCGGAUGCUGCUGCCCGAUCAGCUGGUUUUUUUUGUCUUGAGCAUCAUCAUCGCCGCGACGGCCAGAGAGACCGAGAGAUCAAGCUCCCAGGAGCCAGGGACACCGCGCACCGGAUAACGGGAGGAUGGAGUUCAAGCAUCUGGUGGAGGCGGCGGAGAAGUGGUGCUCCGGGAACCCGUUCGACCUCAUCUUCGCCGAGGAGGACGACGAGAGGCGGCUCGACUUUUACGCAGAGCCCGGCGUCUCCUUCUACGUGCUGUGUCCCGGCGGCACCGACAGUUUCCACGUGUGGAGCGAGAGCGAGGACUGCCUUCCCUUCCUCCAGUUGGCCCAGGACUACAUCUCCUCCUGUGGGAAGAAGACCCUGCUGGAGGUGCUGGAGAAGGUCUUCACGUCCUUCAGGCCUCUGCUGGGUCUGCCCGACAUAGAAGACGACAGUUUCGAGCAUUACCACGCUGACAUGGAGGGGGAACCGGGGCCAGACCACCAGCAGAUGGGGGUCAGCCAACAGUGAUUCCCCCCCCCCCCCCCCCAACCCCCCAAGAAGAGGCCUGCGGCUGUGGGGGCGAGCGGCUCAUCGACGAAUCGACCCAAACACACACACUUACGGCCAACUCGCUAACCAAUGCACCGCCAUGUUCUUGAAUGUCUCAGUGGCUUUUGCUUCCCAAAGAGUGCACUCUGUUGACCCCUGCCCCUCCCCCGCCCCCCUCCAACACACGCACACACGCACACACACACGCACACACACACACACACACACAUUGGGGCUACAUGAGCAACUAUCGUAAUCAUUCACUAUCUGGUUAGUUAAGCAGCAAUAUUACAUCAGCCUCAGCUGGCUUUGUUAUGCAGAAAAACAGUCAGCUGUUACCGCAAUGCACACAUUCCUCCCCCCCCCCACCCCCCCCCCACACCCCCCACCCCACCCUGUGGCUUAGGAGAUGAAUGUGACGGAUAACCUACUUUCUCUGCCUGUCAGUUGACACAGAGGAUGCCCCAGAGCUAUAGUUUAAAUACAAAUGGGUGAAAGCUGACGGUUUGUGGCCGCUUGAGGCGACUGGAGUGUUGCAGAUAAAAGGAGGGAAGGAAGGAGGGAAGGAAGGAGGGAAGGAGGAGGGAAGGAAGGAGGGAAGGAGGCGUAACGUUUUUUCCACUUUCACGGAGGGGAACGGGGAGGGAGCCGAGACAUAGAGUCAGAUGGGGGGGAAGCUCUCGGAGCUAUCCGGUUUCAAACACACGGUUAAAAUAGUCUUUGUCUCUAGGUUAUAAUCGAAAGCGUUGUGUUUUUUUUGUUUGUUUUUUUACACCUCGUGUGGAAAUCAAAGUGUGCAGCUUCACGGUAGCAUGGCUCAUUUCUAGAGGUGUGUUUCUUAAUGUUUCUAAGGUAGUGCACCUCAAAGAAAGUUAAACGUCAUGAGGUCGUUUUUUUUUCUUUUUCUUUCCAAAUCAAUGUUACUGUCACGUGACCAUCAAAACAAAAGGCCCGUGCUGCAGCUUAUAAGCCCUUCUCCAUUUGGGGUGUCUCGCCGUCACGUGACACCUUCGUUCUUCUGUCCCGUAUAGUCGUCCUGGUUGUCGGUGGUUUUCGGCAGUUUCGUCCUCUUUUCUCAGCACAAUUCGAUGAGAUACCCUAAAUCUAGAAAAAAAGAACUCGAGUUUUUAUCCCCUUAACCACAAAAAAACAAAACAUUCAUAUUAAAUAUACACCCAAAUCCCUGAUUGGUAUGACAGGGGGGUGGGAGAGGAGAUAUUUACUGACGGACACCCCUUUUCGCCUGCUAAUCUCACAGUGUGUUGUUGUCUGUCACAUCCAGUGCACUGCAAUGCUUCAGGCCUUCAACCACCCACAAGCGAGACUGUUUCAGAGGUUUUUAUCUUUAGCCUGUUUACUUUGGCUUGUAAAUGUGUGUCUUUUUAUUGCCUGUUUGAAUGUGUCUCAUGCAGUGUAUCUUCUGUGGGUCCUCCGGUGUGUGUUAAAUUGUUCAAUAAACCCGCGUGAACGGCGUUCGU